UCUUUUUUUUUUCCUUUCUUUCUCUUUACUUUUUUUUUAAUUCAUUAUCAUUCUACUUCUAACUCUUUUUUAUAUUUACUCUUAUGGACAUCAAACAACGAAAUGAUUCUACACUAACGAAAAAUAUUAAAGGAAAAGUAUCGACACCAGAUACUAAGGCACAUUCCAUAUUGACCGAUGCCUUAUUCCCGGAACGAAAACCUAGUACUGACAACAAUGCUAUUGACAACGGUGAAGACGAAGAAACUAUGAAACAAAAUGAUCCUUUAUCUGCUCAAGUUUGGCGUUUAUAUACAAAAGCAAAGGAUACUUUACCAAAUGGUGCUAGGUUAGAAAAUCUAACUUGGAGAAUGAUGGCUAUGACUUUGAACAAGAAACAACAAAAACCGACUGAUACGCCCUCUGAUGACUCUAAUAUGAUUGAUUCUUUUGUGGAUUAUUCUUCUUCUCAACCUGAUGAUUCGUUCGUUGUUCCUUCAAAUCAAUAUAAAUAUACACCUCCCACCUCUUUAUCCAACAAUAGUAUCACUAUCCCUGCAGAUACAACUCAUCAAAUCAGUUCACCAGUACAAUAUCCCUCUUCACUGAAAAACAUCGUCUCAAAACAACAAGUAUCAUCUGCCGCACCAUUACAUGCUGGAGCAAUGAGCUUUGAAGAUUUAUUGACAAUGUACUAUGCAAAACAAGAUCAAGAAUCAGACAACAACAAUGGAUCAAGUCAAUCACACCUUGAAAAAGCAAAUGCAGGUUCAUUCACUUCUUCGGGGAACUCAACAACCCAGUUCUCUCAUUCGUCCCUCGGUAAGUCUGACUUUUUUUUUUAUAUUUUGUGAUAUUACCUUUUAUUGUUAAAAGACAAAUUUACUU